GUGAGAGAAGCAGAGAGAGAGAGAGAGAGAGAGAGAGAGAGAGAGAUAUCAAAGUGUGAUUUCAACUGAGCAUCUUGAUCUCGUUUGUCCUCAUGUCCAGCAUUAAGUAGAGGAGCUACAGUACUGAGGGGAUCUGGUCUUUCUACAGGUCUCUAUAUGAGAGAGGAGUCUCCCACCUGUCUUGUAGAUCUGGACUGAUGUCUUUUGCGAUGGUGCGCACGGCUCCCCCAAGCCGCUUCCUCUUCUCCGAGAUCAGCAUGAUGUCAGAGGACGAGGAGGGGGAGAACGGUGGCAGCGAGAGCUCGGGCUCCGACUCCCAGAAGUCCUCCUUCCGUCUCAACGGCGGCUCCAACGGCUUUCAGAUCAAGGUGGGAAGCAGGAAGAGGAAGUUCUGUGGCGUUGCCGGAAGGCUGGCGGGGCCCCCGAUGGUGGUGGGGGCCCCGGUGGUGGAGGAGCGGCAGCGGAAAGUGGCAAACGCUCGAGAGAGGGACCGCACCAACAGCGUGAACACGGCCUUCACCGCCCUGAGGACCCUCAUCCCCACCGAGCCGGCCGACAAGAAGCUGUCCAAGAUCGAGACUCUGCGGCUGGCGUCCAGCUACAUUUCCCACCUGGGUAAUGUGCUGCUGGUGGACGAGGCGUGUGGGGAUGGGCAGCCGUGCCACACCUCCACACCUCCUUUCUACCACCACACCCUCCACAGUCUCAGCCCCUUGCCUGGCCGGGGCUCGGAGAACCAGCCCAAACACAUCUGUACUUUCUGCCUCAGCAACCAGAGGAAAAUGAACAAAGACAGAGACAGAAAAACAACUCUUAAGAAGAUGACGCCUGAAGGACAGAAACAUCCGGAGGAUAAAUAUCCAACACUUUUGUGAAGGAUCAGUUCAGUUAGCCUAUUCUUCAAAUUAAAUUUUGAAGAAUACAAUAUUUUUUAUUUAUGCUAUAUAAUAAGAGCACAAUGGUUUAUUUAACGGACAUAUCAAAUCCUCCAUGAUCUCAAGGGAUGAUGUGGCAGCAAGAAAUCCAUGUAACAUGGGAUGAUUUAUGGACUCAUUACCAUUUAGUUAAUAUAUAUUUUGAAACUACAGGGCAUUAUAAUGAACAGGCAGAGGAGGACAGCUGUUUCAAGGCUUGCAUCCCAAAUGGUACUCUGUUCCUUAUAUCGUGCACUACUUGGGCUCUGGAUACGCAAAUGACUCAUUACUGAACCUUCCACGGACUUCAGAGCACCCAAAUAUGACAUAACGCAACUCUAGAACACUCCCUGGACUGUCUGCCUUCACGCUCAUCAAUACAUGCUGGAUUUUCAUGUUAUUGAUCUUAAACAAUAAAGGGUAGAGUUUCGAAAUGCCUUGAUGUUGGGACAAUGAAAUAAUACAAAUAUUUGUGUAUGUAAUGAUAAUGUUUGUGUGAUUUUGACUAGGCUCAGGUGCAUGAGUGAUAUCAAUUCAGUGCGGGCAGAUUCCCGAACUUGAUAUGAGCUAUCGAUGUACAUUUACAUUUUAGUCAUUUAGCAGACGCUCUUAUCCAGAGCGACUUACAGUU